GGAGGACCACACCUCCCAUACGAAUACCGGAAGAAGGGGAGGGAGAGAAUUUGGGCAGUUAGGUUUCCUCUAGUUUCCUAAAAUUCAACGUCAUGAUUUCGUCCUCCUUUUCGUGUAUAUAAAGACGAUCAAAUCUUUGGGACGACAUCAAAUCACAACCUUCAAGGAGAAGAAGAAGAAGCAUCGAGAGGAACUCGCUUCGUGUUUUGGAAUCGGUUUAAUCUUCAACCAAACGAUGCUCAGCUCAUUCAAGGUCUUGGUGGUCCUGUCGUUGGCGUUCUUCUCUCCGGCGUCGGUCAACGGGCAUGGGUACAUGACGUCACCUGCCGCCCGUAAUUCCGCCUGGAGGUUUGGAUUCGACACGGCGCCCAAUUACGGAGACAACGAGCUCUUCUGCGGAGGGCGGGAGAAAAUGCAUUUUUCGAACGGAGGACGAUGCGGCGUCUGUGGGGACGACUGGAGUCUCCCUCAGCCUCGACCCCACGAAAGGGGAGGUCGAUUCGGUCGAGGGGUCAUCACGGCCAACUACACCGAGGGUCAGGUCGUACCUGUGACCAUCCACCUCUCGGCCAACCACAAGGGCUGGUACGAGUUCCGUCUUUGCAACAACGACAACCCUGCAGCGGAGGACUCGCAGAGGUGCCUGGACAAGCAGCUCCUGCAGAUGGCCGACGGUUCAGGCUCGAGGUACUACUUGGAGGGCGACGUCAGGGGCAGCCACACGGUCCACGUCCAGCUGCCCGACCGCCUCUCCUGCAGCCACUGCCUCCUGCAGUGGACUUGGGUUGUGGGGAACUCUUGGGGAACCUGUCCGGACGGGUCAGGUGCCAAUGGUUGUGGACCCCAGGAGACGUUCGUCAACUGCGCUGACGUCAGCAUCUUCCCCAAACACCAGUUGAACUCUAUCACCAGGAAGACAAUUCAUCCAAAAUUUCCUUCACACAAGCCGUAUUGGUGAAUGGAGUUAUACCUUAUC